ACGCAUCAGACGGCUUUAGUCGAUUUAACGAGCCCCAUAUCAACGGCCCAGGAUAGUUCUACAUGUGAGAUUUGGUGUAGUGUCGAAGCACUGAAACCACGCAUCAGUAGAAGAAAACUAAGGUCUCGAGUCUUCUCCCAGAUCGAAACAGUCGUUCUCUUCUCUUCUCCACAGCGCGCGAUGGCUCCUGCGGCAAAACCCAUUACCAGCCCCGUUCCCGAUGCCUGGUACCCAACCCUAGCCGUUCUCAUGCUCGCUGUAGGGCUCGUAAUCACGGCUUCCUUCUUCAUCUAUGAAGCAACCUCUUCCAGGAAAAGCCGCAGUCUUGCAAAGGAACUCACGACAGGAACAAUGGCAUCCAUCUUCUUGGGUUUCGGGUCCUUGUUCUUGCUACUUUCUUCUGGUGUUUAUGUUUGAUUCCUUUCACUGAACUGUUGAAGUUUUGCCAAAUGAGACAAGUUUUACCAGAGAAGGAACAGUUUUAGUAAGAAGGAUAAUAUUUUUUACCUGAUUAGCUGCAGAAACAUUUUCAUGGUUAUGAAUUAUGAAAUGAGAACCUUUCUUAAAUA